AUGCAGGAGCAUUGUCGGGUAGAACACAGAUGGGAGAAUGAUUGGCACAAGGGGGGUGAUGUUCGCAAGAAAGCCACCGCAGUCAGGGAUUUACCGUGGACAACAGGGGUGCCGUGCCAGCGGUUUUUCUUAACACGGGCCGCGAGCGGAUGGUUCGAGGUGGCCCAGGGACAGAUAGCCGACGAGUCUCUGCAAGGCGCUCCGAGUAGAAGCCCGGCUCAACAGGCGGUGGACCGCGUUCGAGAUCUCCGGAAAGUCCAAGCAGAACGUGUGAAGACGAGUCACGAUGAGCUGAUCCGCGUCGCCAACGAAAGACUCGAGCCCAGCCCGUGGCUGGCCCGUGUAGGAUGGGCGGUGCACUUAAAAGGGCUCAGUGCCAGCGCACUCUUUAACACAACAGCUCCCAUCAAUGAAGAUGAGGUCGUGCUUCAGGCGAUGUGGGCGACGGUCGACCGCGUGCUGGACCAGGCUCGAGCAACGUCUAACAUACUGGCAACGACGGCUUCAAGUAGAAGCCGUUGA